GUCUGCGCUGGGCACAGGCAGGGGCAGUGCGCGGGAGAGACAGAGGGAGGGUUCCCCGCUCCGCAGCCACGCAGACCGGGCCUGGAGAGGGUCCCCGACAUCAUGUGAUGCAGGAAGAGAGCGCAAAUGAUAUGGAAUGUAUACAGCUGCCAGCAGAGACACUUCGACAAGUGACCAUUCACCGAGACCCUAUAUAUGGCUUUGGCUUCGUGGCUGGCAGUGAAAGACCUGUGGUGGUUCGAUCUGUGAGGCCAGGAGGCCCCUCUGAGGACAAGCUCCUGGCUGGUGACCAGAUUGUGGCUAUUAAUGAGGAGGACGUGAGUGAAGCCCCCAGGGAGAGGUUCAUAGAACUCAUCAGGAGUGCUAAGGAAUCCAUCGUUCUUACAGUUCUGCACACUCAUCAGUCCCCUAAAUCUGCCUUCAUCAGUGCUGCAACGAAGGCCAAGCUGAAGUCCAAUCCUGUGAAGGUCCGAUUCUCUGAGCAGGUGGCAAUUGGAGAAACAGAUGCAAAAAUGAUGAAGAAGGAAGCUCUCCUCCUCAUCCCCAACGUCCUGAAGGUUUUCCUAGAAAAUGGGCAGAUCAAGUCAUUCACAUUUGAUGGCCGGACCACUGUUAAGGAUGUGAUGGCGACUCUACAGGACCGUCUCUCCCUGAGGUACAUUGAGCAUUUUGCUCUUGUGCUUGAGUAUACUGGGCCAGAACAGAAUCACAAGUUCCUAAUUCUCCAGGACAAGCAGCCCCUGGCUUAUGUCGUACAGCGGACACACUACCAUGGAAUGAAAUGCCUCUUCCGAAUAAGCUUCUUUCCCAAGGACCCAGUGGAGCUGCUACGUCGGGAUCCUGCUGCUUUUGAGUACCUAUACAUCCAGAGUCGUAAUGAUGUUAUCCGAGAACGCUUUGGAAUGGAACCUAAGCCAGAGAUGCUAUUGGGCCUUGCUGCCCUUCACAUCUAUAUCACUGUCUCAGCCACUCGGCCUAGUCAGAAGAUCACACUCAAGAAUGUGGAGAAGGAGUGGGGCUUGGAACCCUUUCUUCCCCCCUCCCUCCUGCAGGGCAUCAAAGAGAAGAACCUUCGGAAGUCUCUCUCCCAACAGCUGAAGGCCCACCAAAUGCAUCCUUCUAGCAGCACCAAGGGCUCCGCAAUUCAAGCAAAGCUCCAGUACCUUCGAAUUCUGAAUGAACUACCGACCUUCACUGGUGUUUUAUUCAACACUGUAGGCCUGGACGAGAAGCACUCAGCCACCACCCUGCUGGUGGGACCCCGUCACGGCAUCAGCCAUGUUAUUGACCUCAAAACCAACCUCACCACUGUGCUGUCCGAGUUCAGCAAGAUCAGCAAGAUCCAGCUGUUCCGGGAGAACCAAGGAGUGGCCCGAGUAGAGACCAGCAUCAUGGAUGCCAAGCCUCUGGUGCUGUUGAUGGAGUGGCCUGAAGCCACCAACUUUGCCUGCCUGAUUGCGGGGUACUGCCGCCUUCUGCUGGAUUCCAGGAAGAUGGUCUUCUCCAGGCCUGCCAGCCAGCCUCUUCCACCUCCAAUGAUAAAGGCAGAUCACAUGCACAGUGCCCACCGCCCUGUCACUGGGGGCCACCUGGGGAAAAAGGAGAGUAGUUAUGUGGGCAGCGUGGGCACCAGCCCUAGGAAGUCGAGCCGAUGCACGACCCCGCCUGCCGACUCUGAGCUUGUCAGCUUCUGCUACCUCCACAUGCGGGAACAAAGGAAGGAGCAAGAAAGCAGGACGGAUGUCAACGAGAACCUAAUCUUCUUCGAAGAAACCAGGCCCCGGACCAAAUCUGACCCCACAUCCAAAAGCUCUGGCCAAGGUUACGAGGUGAUCCCCGAUGACUUUGAUGCAGCCAGCCUAGACCAUGAGCCUUGUGCUAGCAGGGCCAGGUCCUAUACCUUGGACAAUUCCCUUGGGGCCGAAGCCCUGAAUUUCUACUGUGACUCUUGCAAAGUCAAACUCCAGGAGCAGAUGGGGCCUCGAAAAGGUGGGAGGCCUGGUUCCUCUCGGGACAACAUGGUAGAUUUAAUGUCCCUCCCACCACCGGGAAGUGAGGAAGAGGAGGAAGAGGAAGAUGAGACAACUUCCCUGUUGCCUGCCAUUGCUGCCCCACCCCCUGGUUUCCGAGACAACAGCUCUGAUGAGGAUGAUCCCAAGCGCAGAGCUGUUCAAAGUCAGGAGCAAGGACGUCACCUGCGUGGACUCCUGUAUGAUGAGAUUCCUGUAACACUGAUUGACAGUGUACAGACUCGGACAGUACGAGAUCAUGCCCAGGAGCUGGAUGAUGCUCUUGUGUCUACUCUGCAGGCUCUGGAAGCCCUGGCUGCUUCAGAGGAUGGACCCCACCCACCACCCCCACAGACUGCAGGUCUGAUUGUGCUGGCCACAAUCACUCCUGAGUCAUCGCUGGACUCGGGCCAUGAAACCAACUCGUCAGAGCUCACAGAUAUGUCAGAGAUGAUGUCGGCCAUGAAGCAGCACCAAAACACCACCUACUUCCUGGCCCAGCACCUCAACAAGGACAGCCUCCUGGCCCGAAAGGACCUGCCUUUCAGGAUCCAGAGCUGUGCAGCUCAGGCCGUUCUUACGGCCCCUUAUGCUCUCGGGCCCCCAGAUCCCAACCCAUCCCCCCAGCCAGCUGUCACUGGCCAGAGUCCUGCCCCCACUGGCGCUCGGAGAAAGAUACCUCAGUCAGAAGCCCAGGUGCAGGGAGACAGAACAUACUCCUUGGCGGUACACCCAGCGCUGUCCCCACAGCUUACUGAGCAGAAGAAUCUGAGCCUGCUUCCUCCAGUUCCUGAGGAUAGGGGGCCAGGCCACAGUAGGGCCGGCCUAGAGAUGUCACUGAGGUCAGCCACACCAUCCCUCAGUGAAGAGCAGGUCUCAGAGCUCAGGGAAAACCUGCCCAAGGAAGUCAGGUUGAGCCCUAAGCUUAUCCUGGACCCCAAAGGCAAUGUGACCCCAGCCAUAAUCUCAGCUGCCCUACAGCAGGUGGUACACAGUAAGAGUCUAGCCACUCCUGGCCCAACCUUGGCAACACCCUCCAACAGGGGGGAGAGAAGGCUAGAGGCUAGCAUGGGGAGGCCUGAGGUCACCAUGGGCAGGCCAGAAGUGAGCCUGAUGAGCAGCAGUGCCAGCAAGAAUCUGAAGUUUAAAAUGAGUCCGGGUGCUCCGGAGACCACACGGAAUUCUCAGCAGCAGCUAGGCCCGGAGGUCUCUGCCAGCCCCAGAGCAUCCACGGGCAGCAGGGCUGACAACCUCCACCUUUCCCCACCGGAGGACAGGUUUCCUGUUCAAAGCUUCCCUCCUAAGAGCUAUCUAUCCAGAGUGAGUCGAGACUCCAUGGGAAAGCAAGCUCCUGGGGAGGUGGCAGGCAAGGGGGGAGCAGAGGGUGCUAAACCUCCCCCCAACAAGCCGAGCAUAUUCUCUGGCCAGGGGGAGAAAGGGCAACUGGAAAACGUAUCCAAAAGCAGCAAGCUUGACGAGACCAGCCUGGUUCCCCGAGCUGGCUAUCCCAUGGCUCUGCAGAGCCCAAGCUGCCAGCCCCGGAGCCACAGCCCUAGCUACCAGCCACGAAGCCACAGUCCUAGCUGCCAGCCCCGUGGCCCUAGCCCCAGCAGCCAAUCCAGAGGCCAGAGCCCCAGCUGCCAACCUAGAAGCCAGAGCCCCCUGAGGCCUCUGGCCACCAGCCGGCAGGUUAGCACCAUGCCCUCUAGAAAGCUUGAAACAACCCUGGAUGGAACCCACUCGGCCUCUGAAGGCUCCACAAAGCCCAAGUCAUCGCGGGGGCCUUUCAGACUACGCAACUUAUUUUCUGCCACUUUCCCUACCCGCCAGAAGAAGGAGACGGAUGAGCGGCAGGCUCAGCUGCAGAAGGUAAAGCAGUAUGAAUUGGAGUUCCUUGAGGAACUUCUAAAGCCGCCAAGCCAGGGGGAUCUUCCAGGCACAGAGUACCUGCAACCUCCAGCACCUGGCCGCUGCAGCUGCCAGCUACGCAGCAGCCCUGUGCAGCAGGGACCUGGCAUGUCUCGUGAACAGAGACGCAGCUGUGACUGCAAGCGUAUCUGCCGAGGAGGACGGCCACAGGCUGCCCAGACCCCAGCGCCUGGCCUCCGCGAGAGAGAAAGGGUCCCCCCUACCCAGAGGCAGCCAGAGGCUGGCCCGGGCUUGAGCCUUAAUAGUCCCAUUAAUGUCCAACGCAUCCGCUCCACCAGUCUGGAGUCCCGUGAGUGCCGGUCAGACCCUGAAAGUGGGGUUUCGUGCCUGACCACGUGUGCCUCAGGGGGUGAAUGUUUGGGAGAUCCCAACUACAGGAAACUGAUGCGCCGCUACAGUAUCAGUGAGCUGGACCAGGGCGACACGGUCUCACUGACCUCAGAUGUCUACCCACACCCACCCCUGGGAAUGUUGCCUAGAGAGGUCAAGGAGAUAGAGUCAGGCCUCCCACUAGGCUUGGGUCCAAAAGGCAAGUGUGCAGAGUCACCAACUCUAGGAGAGCCCUCCUACGUCCAAGUGGCCCCUGAGAGCAAAGGCCCCAGGCAAAUGGCUGUGUUUUCACUGCCGGAAGAGGUCUACCGGAGGCCGGCUGAUCUGGAUGAAGACAGUGAAAGUGGCAAGUGCUGUUCCAUCCGCUUCCUGGCUGCCCGUCUGGACACCAAUGAGCUGCUAACAGUCUUGCGGCAGUGUGUGGCCAGCCCUGAGGCUCGUGCUCCCAAGCCCUACGUCUCUCAGAUUUCUGAGUACAAGCUUGAGCUCGCUCUCAAGUUCAAGGAGCUUCGGGCCUCCUGCCGCCGGGUAGCCAAUGUGGACAAGAGUCCAACUCAUAUGCUGGCAGCCAUCACAGGCAGCUUCCAGGUGCUGAGUAGCCUCAUCGAGACCUUUGUGCGGCUAGUGUUCAUCGUGCGCUCUGAGGCCCAGCGCCAGGAGCUGCUGGCCAAAGUAGAAGAGGUAGUGAGGAAUUACACCUUCCUGCUGCGUGCCGCUGAGGAGUCCACAGCCCGGAACCUUAACCAGCAGCAGCAGCUGCAACAGCAGCAACAGCAACAGCAGCAACAACAGCAGCAGCAGCAGCAGCAGCCGCUGCCACCACCACCGCUGCCAGCAGCCACAGGGCACCCACCAGGCUCCCCGUCAUCGACUGUUAUGAGCACAUUCACACGCUCCUUAAAAACCCUUAUUAAGUAGGGCACUUGCCCAGGCUUGUCCCCUCCCCGUCCACGGCCCCAAGUUUGAGCUUUGUGGUCUUUGCAUCUCGUGGUUGAAUGUGUGUUUCUGCUGGGCCAGUCAGGGUCCAAGAGCUUAUCAGUGUCCAAGGCUAACUCCCUAGACUGGGCUCUUUAUUAAGGGCUGCAGGCUUAGCUGCCGCCCUGGGUGUCCUCCCCCUUCCUGGCCUCUGGGCGUCACUGUGAGGGCAAAGGUCCCCUUGCCAUUACGCCCACCACAGAGCUGUAUUUUAUCUCUCUCUUCUCUGGGGCUGAUAGGUGACAUCAAGUUCACCUCCUGCUCUGAGUUGGGCACCGGAGGAGCCAGGACCUCGAGCUCCUCCUAGCAUCUGCUGCCCCAAGGAGGGCAGUGGCAGUAGCGGUAGGCCACAGCGCCAAGCCAAGGAGAGAGGGCGCUCAUUCCAGAUGCGCCCACCCACCGUGGGCUCCCUUGUACUUGGCAGGAGCCACCUCAAGGGCCAGUGCCCAGGCUGGAUAUGCGCAGACUACAGCCACAUCCGGCUGUCAGUGGCUGGCACAACCGGUUGGCAGCCUUGGGAGCCCUUGCCCCCAGGUUCAGUAGCUCCACACCAGCCAUCUCCAAAGUGCCCUGCCCCUCACUGAUGGGCAGGGCAGCUCAGUCCACUAGGGAGCAAGCUCUGAGAUCACUUCACUUGUUUUGGGUAAGGUACCUGGUGAAAGUGUCUGCUCUGGGAAGGACCCAGUGCAGGUAUCCGAGCCUGCCCGGCUCAGUCCAGCCCUGUGCAGGAACUGUUGCCAGAGGCACGGGCUCCUCUCUCAACAUCUCUACCAGAUAGACUGUCCUUAGGAGUUUGAUGUAGCUAUGGAUUGGGAUGGGCGGGGGGGUGGGGGGAGGGGGGAGGGGUGGGGGUGUUGAUGACUAUAUCUUAAACUUCUGGAAGCUAGCGUGAUAUGUUAAUCCUGAGUAUAUGCUUUUGGCUGUGUAUUGACCCUGUGGAUUUGUCUCUCUAAGAAAAGAAGCUGAGCGCCUUACCCGGUGCAGUCCCGCACCUCUCUCCCUCUCUGGAACCAUCUGGAAGGGAAUUUACACUGUUUAGCAUCCUCCUUGACACUCAUGUAUUGCCGCUGCUACCACCACCACCACUGUCACCGCUGCUGCCACCGCUGCUGCCACCGCUGCUGCCAUCACCACCCCCUCCUCCCCAGCCCUUCUGGGAGUGAAGACACGGAGUCCCUACAGUUCUCCCACUGUAGGGAACAAAGAAAGCCAAUGUUUCUUCUGUGUAGACUGCUUCUCGUCCACUUCUCCAUAGCUGCUUGUUUCCCACACCCUCCCAGCCAGCGUUGGUCUCUCUUUCAUCACUGUGUGAGAGGCCUGUGUGAAAUCUCUUGUUCUUAUGUGAGUUUUAUAAGAUGUACACUGUGCAGAGCCCCUGCCUAUCCUUGGUGAUCCUAGCCGCAAUAAAGCCUCCUGAGUGGCAAGGUCUCCCAGUAAGGAGUGUCCUUCUACAGAAACCAGCCCCCCCUUCCUUGCCUCUCCUCCCACAGGACCAAGAUGCUUAAUGGGCCAGAGAUGCAGCCAGUGGGGAGCCCUUUCCCCCACGACCACUGCCCUCAGAGUGUUGGCAUGGUCUUCCUCUUCUCCCAACUUCUUGAUCCUACACCUUCGCCACUCAGACCCUGCCUGUUGUCAUUUCAUCGCUGUCAUUCACCUCUCCCCUCAGCCUCAUGGAGAGGAUACAUUUUCUAAUGUCUGUAUAUAGUAUAUAUAUAUUACAUAAAUAUAUAAAUUAUAUAUUACACUAAUUUAUGUCUUGUUUUUCAAACAAGAAUGAAUAAAUCUAUUCAUCUUACUCUCCCAA